GCGUCACUUCCUGCGGGUGUGAUCGCCGUGGCUCUGCUUUGUAUGGAAGUGGUGGGGGACUUUUGACAGCGGCAGCGCUGUGGGGAAACAAACAAGGACGCGGUCGGCGGGUCGGCGGCUCUUCUUCACCACCACCCUCCUCCUCCUCCUCCUCGCUCCUCUCUCGAUCUGGCACCGAAGACUCCCGGGGACAUGGCGGCUUCGGAUCGGGCUGUUCAUGGGAAGUCUGAGGAUUGAAAGUGGCGGCCGCCUGCUCCGCCACCGCAAUGGUCGACAUGGAGAGCCACUACCAUCCCCCUUCUCCCCUGGAGGACUCGGUGCUGGGCAGCCCCCUGUGCACCGAUGACGACUUCAUGGAAGGCAUGGAGGAGCUCCAGGACAUCUCCCAGUCCAUUGACAAUGAUGCCCUCAGCUCCUUCGAUGUCCCUGAAUACCAGUCCUCCAGCAAUGGCUCGGAAGGGUCCACUGUCCUAGAUGCCCUGACGCCGGCGUCCAGCCCCUCGUCGGUUGUUUACGGGAUGUCAUUGGGCCAAGAGGAGUUCUCGUCUACCUCCUCAUCGCUCAGUCUGGAGUGUCGAGUGUGUGCUGACCGCGCCUCGGGCUACCACUACGGAGUCCACGCCUGCGAGGGCUGCAAGGGUUUUUUCCGGCGGACCAUCCGUCUGAAGCUGGAGUACGACAAGUGUGAGCGCCGCUGCAAGAUCCAAAAGAAGAACCGCAACAAGUGCCAAUACUGCCGCUUCCAGAAGUGCCUGUCAGUGGGCAUGUCCCACAAUGCCAUCCGUUUUGGUCGGAUGCCUCAGUCGGAGAAGCUAAAGCUGAAGGCGGAGAUGGUGACGGGGGACAGAGAGGUGGGAGACCCUCAGGUCGCUGACCAGAAGACGCUGGCCAGGCAGAUUUACGAGGCCUACCUCAAGAACUUCAACAUGAACAAGGCCAAGGCUCGAACCAUUCUCACCGGAAAGACCAGCACCCCUCCGUUCGUCAUCCAUGACAUGGAGACCCUCCAGCUGGCAGAGCAGACGCUGGUGGCCAAGAUGGUCGGCUCUGUGGGAUCGAUAAAGGACAGGGAGGCAGAGGUUCGGAUUUUCCACUGCUGCCAGUGCACGUCGGUGGAGACCGUCACGGAGCUCACAGAGUUUGCAAAGUCCGUCCCCGGGUUCUCAAGCUUGGACCUCAACGAUCAGGUGACUCUUUUGAAAUACGGAGUGUACGAGGCUCUCUUCGCCAUGCUCGCCUCCAGCAUGAACAAGGACGGCCUCCUGGUGGCGUAUGGCUCAGGCUUCAUCACGCGGGAAUUCCUCAAGAGCCUGCGGCGACCGUUCAGCGACAUGAUGGAGCCAAAGUUCCAGUUUGCCAUGAAGUUCAACGGGCUGGAGCUGGACGACAGUGACCUGGCUCUGUUCGUGGCUGCUAUCAUCUGCUGUGGAGACCGACCGGGCCUGGUGAACGUGGAGCACAUCGAGCGGAUGCAGGAAAGCAUUGUGCAGGUGCUGCAGCUCCACCUGCUGUCCAAUCACCCAGAUGACACUUUCCUCUUCCCCAGGCUGCUGCAGAAACUCGCCGACCUCCGGCAGCUCGUCACUGAGCACGCACAGCUAGUGCAGGAGAUCAAAAAGACAGAGGACACGUCGCUGCACCCGCUCCUGCAGGAGAUCUACAGAGACAUGUACUGAAGUUCGUGGAGGAGUAAUCCAGGAGAGGCACUUUGCAAACCAUCUCUGUUGUUUUCAGGGACAGAAGAAGAAGUCCUCCAUAAGCUAGGGUUGAACCACUUACACCUUCCUAAUGCAGCAGGAGUUAGUUUUGGUCAGCACAAGAGCUCCUGUCCAGGUCCAAGCGAGAAGUCUCGAUUCUCUCGGUUGGGCACAGUGCUCUCCACUCCCAGGCAGAACAGUUGUGAUGUCCAGCUGAUCGAGCCCCUGUCUAGACACCGGUGUAUGCAACCUCUGACCAAAACGCUAAACUAAAAUCUUUAACGAGAUCUCCAUGGUCAUAUCCACAUCCUGAACCAUAAGAGAUGACAGGAGGUGAACCUGAUAGCAGCCACUCUGGUAGAAUGUUUGACAGUAGAUUUAUGUACUGAUGUCAAAGAGCCAUAAACCUUCACAGUGAACAGCACCCAAAUGACACCUGUGACAGCAGCAACGUUAAAACAGAGAUGAGACAGUUUUCAGUCAAGGCAGCUCCUGACAAAUUUACUACAAAGUAUUAUGGUCAUAUACAGAGACACAGAGAUUUCAAGAGUAAUGUCAUGGUAAUACAAGAAUACAUUUGUGACUGAGAAAAAAGUCCUCAGUAUUAGGAGAAUAAAGAAGUCAUGAUUUGGGGGAAAUAAGCAGCAAAGAGAACCCACACUCGCUGUAGUUCCACGAAACCUCUUUGAAUAUGAUGCAGAUGUAACAAACGAUAACUUCACUCGACCGCUACCUAACGUUUCCUCCUCGCAACUUUCUCCAAGUCCGUCUGGUUCUUUCUUCAGAAUAAAAAAUAAUGACUUGCACAAUACCAAGUCCUGAUACUUAUGGUAAUGUGGUGCUGAUGAGCCAAACUAAUUUAUUUUUAUUUUUAUUUGUAAAACCAUUUUAGUGCAGGUUAAUCUUCUGAUUCCCCUUCUAACAUGACACAUAGCCUAAAAUAAUGACUUUAUUCUCAUAAUAUUAUGACUUUAUUCAAGAAAAAUUACAACUUUACUCUCGGAAAUUUACAAAACUUUUUUCCUCAUUAAAUUAUGACUUUAUUCUCGUAAUAUAAUGACUAUCUUGUAAAAUUUUGACUUUUUUCCUCGUAACAUUAUGACUCUAUUCUUGAAAUCUCCGAUUUUUUAUUUCCUUUAAGUGGCCCCAAUAAUGCGUCGAACAAAUUACCUACAGGUGAAGGAUGGUUAUCCAAUCACAAGCCCUCCAGCAAGUUUUUAUAGUCAGAGACACAACUGUCACGAGGCUCCUGAAAAUAAACAUGUAUUAGUACUUUAAGUCCUCAAAGCCAUACUUUGUUUAUAACGAUGGUGGAAAUGAUCCUCGUUCUUCGUAUUGUUUUCUCCUUGUAACAACACAGCCUCACGACUCGGUAUGGAUUAUCAUCACUUACACUUCGAUUCCACAAACUGAUCACGCAAUAGUGUUUUUACACUUUAGAAUAGAGAAGCAGAAUCUUACAAGUUUAUGAAGAGAAAAGGUUUUGCAGACUGAAAUGACCACAGGUGCAGAUUCACUGUGCACAUGUCCCAUGAUGCACAUCUGAAGCACAAACACACCUGUGAUGUGUCAAUGUAAUAUUUUAUACUGGACCUCUGUUCCCUGCCUGUUUGGCAAAACCCACGCACAGACGUUUGGCACUCCAUCCUGUUCUGUGUCCUGGUAUUCAAGGGCUAACACCGAGAUAAACCGCAUUACAACCUUAAUACAGGCAGGGACGGAUUUGCAGAGAAUUAAUUCAUCUGUUUCUUAAUUUCUCAUUUGUUAAAGUCCUGUUCCACAAAAUUACGUCUCAUUAUUAUUAUUUUUGUCUCACUCCUCUCUCUACUUCUACUGUGUUUGACUGGCUGUGUUUGGUCCUCAUAAUGUGCAGUUGAUUGAGAUUCGAAGGGGUCAUCUGUGCGCAUAGAAGAGAAGAGUGAUAGUAUGCUGAAGUUUUUCAUCAUCAGAAAAGAGUCGUGAGAAAUGUUCUGUGUUGGUCAUUUACGGCAAACAGUCAAACCAAAAGACAAACAUGUGUCCAUCUGCUCUUAUUCGACUCAGAUGGUAAGAUGAAGCCAGUCAGACAACAUGGGUUAUUUUUCAGAAUAAGACAAGUAUAAAAACUGUACUGUAAAGAUGGAUGGACCAAAUACAUUUCCAUAUGGUAUCAUUUAGAUGUUUUCUUUGUGUCCUCCAUCUGUUCUGAUGAACUGUGCAUUUGAAAAGGCCACUCCUCUGUGUUGUCAUGUCGCAUUUUGUGAAAAAAAACAAGUGAAUAAGUUGAAAAUGCUCUAGAGAUGACUUUCCCUGAAGGAAUGUUGAUGGUGGAAACCUGCAUGUGUAAUAGUUUGGAUAAUAUAGAGUAUAUGUGGACCUGUGAGCGAAUGCUCUCCCCUCCUCAUCUGCUUCUUAUCCAACCAAAAUCUCCUUAUAUCACCAUGAAUUGAUUUGAAAUUCAGUCACGAGAAACAGACCUUGUUUAUAAUCGCAAAAUCUGUAAAUAGCUGAAACGAUCACGCCGCCCCCUCGCCCUCAGCUUUUUAACCCUUGAGGUAUACAAGGUACUAAUGAUGAUCAACUUUUGUAUCCCUCAGUUUGGUAUAAAUACUUUUAAAUGUUUUUUAAAAAUUUACUAUAAAUGUGGUCACGUACUGUAUUGUUUAUUCGCUUAAAUGCCACAUUAAUUGUGUUUUCGAUGAUUGAAUUGGAUCAUAUUUUUAUACUAAAGUAAAAAUGUACUGUAUAUGUCUAAAUCAGAUUAUUGUUUAUUUGAGACGGCACGGUUUGAAGCGUGCGGUGUAAAUAGAUUUGAGGGUGAUAGGGCGACUGGUAAUCUGAAUACCCACAGAUCUGAAUCCCAUCGGGGGACAUUCCUAUUAAUUAAUCGUUGAUUUCUAGAAAAAUGCAUUCAGUUCAUUUCAGCUGCACUUCAUUUAUCUGUUCAAUUAAGCGCUUAUGAGAGAAAGUGAAAGCACACGGGGAUGUGCACGGCCACAUGAGCUCACGACUGAUUCAAACUUGACCGCUGAAUAAGACAUUUAUCUUUUGAAAGGUCAAAAUACGACUCCGCACUGAUCACACAAUACUAGUCUCCUCCUUUUAUACUCAGGUUGCAUUAAAAUACAAACGGGGUGAUUGAGAUAUGCACAGAAUUUCAUUGUUGUUAUCAGAAAUUCUCCAUAGUUGCCUCUUCAUAUUGAACAAACCUGUAUUUUGUGCUCCCACGUCUCUGUUGGUCAAACAGAGAAAGCGAAGGCACUCACAGUUUGCCAUCACGUUAUUACAGUGAUGACGAUGCAGUAAUGAAAAUGCAGUAUAUUGUUGUUUUAUAAUUCUCCUUUUGCCACACGUUUUUUUUUUUUUUUCCCUGACUCUUCUCCCAUCACACGCUGCUAUAAUGUAUGAACUCGCGUUAACAUUUCUUAAGCCAUGAGUAGAUUAAAGACACUUCAAAGUCCUUCUUACUUUAAAUAUAUAUAUAUUUUCUCAGAAUGUCAGUCCCAUGUGCAGAUUUCAUCGAACGCAGCUUGGUUUAUAAUUCCCCUCGCACACUCCAGCGGAUUUGGGAAUGUACUUGGGGAUUAACCACAAACAACCUGUGCCUUAACGUGUGUGCCCAUGCCAUACAACACUAGAGAUUCAGAAAACAAACACAAAAAGACUUGACUCGUGCACACACACACUUUUAGAAAACUGUUUGUAAACUGUUGAGAUUCAGCGACACAGUACGGGGGGGUGGUGGGGCCACACAUACAGGAGAUUAUGUCGAGGCAGAUUUUAAGAGAAUAUCCUCCACGGUGAAAUCGGAGCUCAAAAGUGAAACUGAAGCUUUGUUUUACAGUAACAAUGAAGGAUUUGCUUUAAUGAAUGGUCAGACUUACAGAGGUAAAAGGUUUAAACCCAUAAUGGUUGAAACACUAGAGCCAGGCCCUUGAGGAGAGGUCGUGUAAAUGUGUGAUGUCUGCUUACCCUUAGGAAUGCCUGUUUUGUGUUGAAAUGACAAGGGACGUUUUUUAAUUUUUUUACUUGUAUCAGGGAAACCUAGUCUUCCUUUGUUGAACUAGCUCAGGACAUAGAAAAGGUACUGUUCUUCCUUCUCUAGCUCUCUCGCUUAUUCUCUCAGAGAUAAGUGUCUAGUGCUCUGCCUUACAGCACAAACACCCACAAUAGUGAUUCAUUUGACUUUAUUUUUAUUUCUCCAAAACUGACCGAAAAAUAAAGAAAUAAAUGAGUUACCGCAGGGGCAGCAGUCAUAAGAAUUAGAUGUUUGAUUUGAUUUUUCAUUAGAUUUUUCCUGAAUUUCUUGGAGUUUGUUUUUGUGGCUAUAGUGUCAUGCAAAGAGAAAACGGAGACUGUCUAUGGAUGUGUUCUUAAUGUGUACUGUGGCUUGGUAACAAUACUGUAAAUGCUUGAUGAAUGUAUAUCUAGUCAUUUAAACAAUGAAACAAGUUGUCAUUGACCGGGUGUCAAAAUAAAAUGAUUUUGAAAUUC